UUCGCAGAGGUUGUAUUUAGAUUCAACAGUUCAGAGCGGCGGGGCUGCUGCUAUCGCCUCUCCGAAGAGCUCGUCGGGCUCCCAGGAGACGGUGGUCCCCGUGCCCGUCUGGAUGCGGCUCUGAGUCUCCGUGUGUCUUUCUGCUUGUUGCUGUGUGCCGGUGUUCGGCCGCGAUCACGUUUGUGUGUCUUCUGUCUGUUUGAACUUCAGGAUGGCUCGCUUCGGGGAGGCGGUGGUCGGCAGGCCUGAGUCGGGCGAUGGAGACUCGGAUCAGAGCAGGAACCGGCAAGGAACACCCGUGCCGGCCUCGGGGCCAGCGGCCGCCUACAAGCAGUCGAAAGCGCAGAGGGCGCGGACUAUGGCUUUGUACAACCCCAUUCCCGUCCGGCAGAACUGUUUCACCGUCAACAGAUCCCUGUUCAUCUUUGGAGAAGAUAAUAUUGUCAGGAAAUACGCCAAGAAGCUCAUCGAUUGGCCGCCAUUCGAGUACAUGAUCUUGGCCACCAUCAUUGCCAACUGCAUCGUCUUGGCCCUGGAGCAGCACCUGCCCGAGGACGACAAGACCCCGAUGUCCCGCCGGCUGGAGAAAACAGAACCAUAUUUCAUUGGGAUCUUUUGCUUUGAAGCUGGGAUCAAAAUUGUGGCCCUGGGGUUCAUCUUCCAUAAGGGCUCGUACCUCCGCAAUGGCUGGAAUGUCAUGGACUUCAUCGUGGUCCUCAGUGGCAUCCUGGCCACUGCGGGGACCCACUUCAACACACACGUGGACCUGAGGACCCUCCGGGCCGUGCGUGUCCUGAGGCCCCUGAAGCUUGUGUCAGGGAUACCCAGCCUGCAGAUUGUGCUGAAAUCCAUCAUGAAGGCCAUGGUGCCUCUGCUCCAGAUCGGCCUUCUGCUCUUCUUUGCUAUCCUGAUGUUUGCCAUCAUUGGCUUGGAGUUCUACAGUGGGAAGCUACACCGGGCAUGCUUCAUGAACAAUUCAGGUAUUCUAGAAGGAUUUGACCCCCCUCAUCCAUGUGGCGUGCAGGGCUGCCCAGCUGGCUACGAGUGCAGGGACUGGAUCGGCCCCAAUGACGGGAUCACCCAGUUUGAUAACAUCCUUUUUGCUGUGCUGACCGUCUUCCAGUGCAUCACCAUGGAAGGGUGGACCACCGUGCUGUACAAUACCAAUGAUGCCUUAGGAGCCACCUGGAAUUGGCUGUACUUCAUCCCCCUCAUCAUCAUUGGAUCCUUCUUUGUUCUCAACCUAGUCCUGGGAGUGCUUUCCGGGGAAUUUGCCAAAGAGAGAGAGAGAGUAGAGAACCGAAGAGCUUUUAUGAAACUGCGGCGUCAGCAACAGAUCGAGCGGGAAUUGAAUGGCUACCGUGCCUGGAUAGACAAAGCAGAGGAAGUCAUGCUUGCUGAAGAAAACAAAAAUGCUGGAACCUCAGCCUUAGAAGUGCUUCGAAGGGCAACGAUCAAAAGAAGCCGGACCGAGGCCAUGACCCGAGAUUCCAGUGAUGAACACUGCGUUGAUAUCUCUUCCGUGGGCACGCCUCUUGCCCGAGCAAGUAUCAAAAGUACGAAAGUGGACGGGGCCUCCUAUUUCCGGCACAAGGAGAGGCUUCUGCGCAUCUCUAUUCGCCACAUGGUGAAGUCCCAGGUGUUUUACUGGAUCGUGCUGAGCCUUGUAGCUCUCAAUACGGCCUGUGUGGCCAUCGUCCAUCACAACCAGCCCCAGUGGCUCACCCACCUCCUCUACUAUGCAGAAUUUUUAUUUCUGGGGCUCUUCCUCUUGGAGAUGUCCCUGAAGAUGUAUGGCAUGGGGCCUCGCCUUUAUUUUCACUCUCAUUCAACUGCUUUGAUUUUUGGGGUCACUGUGGGCAGCAUCUUUGAAGUGAUCUGGGCAAUCUUCAGACCUGGGACAUCUUUUGGAAUCAGUGUCUUGCGAGCUCUCCGGCUUCUAAGAAUAUUUAAAGUAACCAAGUAUUGGGCAUCCUUACGGAAUCUGGUGGUCUCCCUGAUGAGUUCCAUGAAGUCUAUCAUCAGUUUGCUCUUCCUCCUCUUCCUCUUCAUUGUUGUCUUUGCUCUCCUAGGAAUGCAGCUGUUUGGAGGCAGGUUUAACUUUAAUGAUGGGACUCCUUCCGCAAAUUUUGACACCUUCCCGGCAGCCAUCAUGACCGUAUUCCAGAUCCUGACAGGCGAGGACUGGAAUGAGGUGAUGUACAAUGGGAUCCGCUCCCAGGGUGGGGUCAGCUCAGGCAUGUGGUCAGCCAUCUACUUCAUUGUACUCACCUUAUUUGGAAACUACACGCUGCUGAAUGUGUUCUUGGCCAUUGCUGUGGACAAUCUGGCCAAUGCUCAGGAGCUGACCAAGGAUGAGCAGGAGGAAGAGGAGGCCUUCAACCAGAAACACGCACUGCAGAAGGCCAAGGAGGUCAGCCCGAUGUCCGCACCCAACAUGCCUUCUAUCGAAAGAGACAGAAGGAGAAGACACCACAUGUCGAUGUGGGAGCCACGCAGCAGCCACCUGAGAGAGCGGAGGCGCCGACACCACAUGUCGGUGUGGGAGCAGCGGACGAGCCAGCUGCGCAGGCACAUGCAGAUGUCCAGCCAGGAGGCCCUCAACAAAGAGGAGGCCCCGCCAAUGAACCCCCUCAACCCCCUCAAUCCACUGAGCCCCCUUAACCCGCUCAAUGCCCACCCCAGCCUCUACCGGAGACCCCGACCCAUCGAGGGCCUGGGCUUGGGCCUGGGCCUGGAGAAGUGCGAGGAGGAGCGCAUCAGCCGCGGGGGGUCCCUCAAGGGGGACGGAGGGGACCUGCCAAGCAUCCUGGACAACCAAAGGAGCUCCUUGACCCUGGGCAAACGGGAGCCACUGUGGCUGGCCAGGCCCUGUCAUGGGAACUGUGACCCAACCCAGCAGGAGGCUGGGGGAGGGGAGACUGUGGUGACCUUUGAGGACCGGGCCAGGCACAGGCAGAGCCAGCGGCGCAGCCGGCACCGCCGCGUCAGGACGGAAGGCAAGGAGUCGGCCUCGGCCUCCCGGAGCAGGUCCGUCAGCCAGGAGCGGGCUCUGGACGAAGAUGUGCCCGCCCAGGGGGAGAAGGACCGGGAGCCCCGGGGCGGCCGCGGGGGCAAGGAGGCAGCAAUCCAAGAAGAAGAGAGAGCUCAGGAUUUAAGGAGAACUAACAGUCUGAUGGUGCCCAGAGGCUCCGGGCUGGCAGGAGCCAUCGAUGAGGCUGACACCCCUCUAGUCCUGCCUCAUCCAGAGCUGGAAGUGGGGAAGGAUGCGGCGCUGACAGAGCAGGAGCCGGCAGGCAGCAGUGAGCAAGCCCUGCUGGGGGACGUGCAGCUCGAUGUAGGCCGGGCCAUCAGCCAGAGUGAGCCAGACCUCUCCUGCAUCACAGCCAACACGGACAAGGCCACCGAGAGCACCAGCGUCACUGUGGCCAUCCCUGACGUGGGCCCCUUGGUGGAUUCGACGGUGGUGCACAUCAGCAACAAGACUGAUGGAGAAGCCAGUCCUCUGAAGGAGGCAGAGAUCAAAGAGGAUGAGGAAGAGGUAGAGAAGAAGCAAAAGAAGGAAAAACGUGAGACGGGCAAAGCCAUGGUGCCCCACAGCUCCAUGUUCAUCUUCAGCACCACCAACCCGAUUCGGAGGGCCUGCCACUACAUCGUGAACCUGCGCUACUUUGAGAUGUGCAUCCUCCUGGUGAUUGCAGCCAGCAGCAUUGCCCUGGCGGCUGAGGACCCUGUCCUGACCAACUCUGAGCGCAACAAAGUCCUGAGGUAUUUUGACUAUGUUUUCACUGGCGUGUUCACCUUCGAGAUGGUUAUAAAGAUGAUAGAUCAGGGCUUGAUCCUGCAGGAUGGGUCCUACUUCCGAGACCUGUGGAACAUCCUGGACUUUGUGGUGGUGGUUGGCGCAUUGGUGGCUUUUGCUUUGGCAAAUGCUUUGGGGACCAACAAGGGACGGGACAUCAAAACCAUCAAGUCACUGCGGGUUCUCCGAGUUCUGAGGCCUUUGAAGACCAUCAAGCGGUUGCCCAAGCUCAAGGCUGUCUUCGACUGUGUGGUGACCUCCUUGAAGAACGUCUUCAACAUACUCAUCGUCUACAAGCUCUUCAUGUUCAUCUUUGCUGUCAUCGCGGUUCAGCUCUUCAAAGGAAAGUUCUUUUAUUGCACGGACAGUUCCAAGGACACAGAGAAGGAGUGCAUAGGCAACUACGUAGAUCAUGAGAAAAACAAGAUGGAAGUGAAGGGCCGGGAAUGGAAACGCCAUGAAUUCCACUACGACAACAUCAUCUGGGCUCUGCUGACCCUCUUCACCGUCUCCACAGGGGAAGGAUGGCCUCAAGUUUUGCAGCAUUCUGUAGAUGUAACGGAGGAAGACCGAGGCCCAAGCCGCAGCAACCGCAUGGAGAUGUCUAUCUUUUACGUGGUCUACUUUGUGGUCUUCCCUUUCUUCUUUGUCAAUAUCUUUGUGGCCCUUAUCAUCAUCACCUUCCAGGAGCAAGGAGACAAGAUGAUGGAGGAGUGCAGCCUGGAGAAGAAUGAGAGGGCAUGCAUUGACUUCGCCAUCAGUGCCAAACCGCUCACCCGCUACAUGCCGCAGAACAGGCACACCUUCCAGUACCGCGUGUGGCACUUUGUGGUGUCUCCGUCCUUUGAGUACACCAUCAUGGCCAUGAUCGCCCUGAACACUGUCGUGCUCAUGAUGAAGUACUACUCUGCUCCCUGUACCUAUGAACUGGCUCUGAAGUACCUGAAUAUCGCCUUCACCAUGGUGUUUUCCCUGGAAUGUGUCUUAAAAAUCAUCGCUUUUGGCUUCUUGAACUAUUUCCGAGACACCUGGAAUAUCUUUGACUUCAUCACCGUGAUUGGAAGCAUCACAGAAAUUAUCCUGACAGACAGCAAGCUGGUGAACACCAGUGGCUUCAAUAUGAGCUUUCUGAAGCUCUUCCGAGCUGCCCGCCUCAUAAAGCUCCUGCGGCAGGGCUACACCAUACGUAUUUUACUCUGGACCUUCGUGCAGUCCUUUAAGGCCCUCCCCUAUGUCUGCCUUUUGAUUGCCAUGCUUUUCUUCAUUUAUGCCAUCAUUGGGAUGCAGGUAUUUGGAAACAUAAAACUAGAUGAGGAGAGUCACAUCAAUCGGCAUAACAACUUCCGAAGUUUCUUUGGGUCCCUCAUGCUGCUGUUCAGGAGCGCAACAGGUGAGGCCUGGCAGGAGAUCAUGCUGUCGUGCCUCGGGGAGAAAGGCUGUGAGCCGGACACCACAGCGCCAUCAGGCCAGAGCGAGAACGAACGCUGCGGCACCGACCUGGCGUACGUUUACUUUGUCUCCUUCAUCUUCUUCUGCUCCUUCUUGAUGCUUAACCUGUUCGUGGCCGUCAUCAUGGACAACUUUGAGUACUUGACUCGGGACUCUUCUAUCCUGGGGCCUCACCACCUGGACGAGUUUGUCCGUGUCUGGGCAGAAUAUGACCGAGCUGCAUGUGGCCGCAUCCAUUACACUGAGAUGUAUGAAAUGCUGACUCUCAUGUCACCACCGCUAGGCCUCGGCAAGAGAUGUCCCUCCAAAGUGGCAUAUAAGAGACUGGUGCUGAUGAAUAUGCCAGUAGCUGAGGACAUGACAGUCCACUUCACCUCCACGCUUAUGGCUCUGAUCCGCACUGCUCUGGACAUUAAAAUUGCAAAAGGUGGUGCAGACAGGCAGCAGCUAGACUCGGAGCUACAAAAGGAGACCCUGGCCAUCUGGCCUCACCUGUCCCAGAAGAUGCUGGAUCUGCUUGUACCCAUGCCCAAAGCCUCUGACCUGACUGUGGGCAAAAUCUAUGCAGCAAUGAUGAUCAUGGACUACUAUAAACAGAGUAAGGUGAAGAAGCAGAGACAGCAGCUGGAGGAGCAGAAAAAUGCGCCCAUGUUCCAGCGCAUGGAGCCCUCGUCUCUGCCCCAGGAAAUCAUUGCUAAUGCCAAAGCCCUGCCCUACCUCCAGCAGGACACCGUGUCAGGCCUGAGUGGUCGGAGUGGAUACCCUUCAAUGAGUCCACUCUCCCCUCAGGAAAUAUUCCAGUUGGCUUGUAUGGACCCAGCCGAUGACGGACAGUUCCAGGAACAGCAAUCUCUGGAGCCAGAGGUUAGUGAAUUAAAAAGCGUGCAGUCCUCUAGCCAUGGCAUCUACCUUCCUUCGGACACCCAGGAGCAUGCGGGAUCUGGGAGGGCAUCCUCUAUGCCACGCCUGACCGUGGAUCCCCAGGUGGUGACCGACUCUAGCUCCAUGAGACGUUCUUUUUCCACUAUUCGGGAUAAGCGGUCAAAUUCAUCAUGGUUGGAGGAGUUCUCCAUGGAGCGAAGCAGUGAAAACACCUACAAGUCAAGGCGCCGGAGUUACCACUCCUCCCUGAGGCUGUCAGCCCAUCGCCUGAACUCUGACUCAGGCCACAAGUCUGACACCCACCGCUCAGGGGGCAGAGAGCGGGGGCGAUCAAAAGAACGAAAGCAUCUUCUCUCGCCUGAUGUCUCCCGCUGCAACUCAGAGGAGCGAGGGACCCAGGCCGACUGGGAGUCCCCAGAGCGUCGUCAGUCCAGGUCCCCCAGCGAGGGCAGGUCACAGACCCCCAACAGACAGGGCACGGGUUCCCUGAGUGAGAGCUCCAUCCCCUCCAUCUCUGACACCAGCACCCCAAGACGAAGUCGUCGGCAGCUCCCACCAGUCCCUCCAAAGCCUCGGCCCCUCCUGUCCUACAGCUCCCUGAUGCGGCACUCCGGGAGCAUCUCCCCACCCGCCGAUGGAAGCGAGGGUGGCUCCCCGCUGACCCCCAAAGCCCUGGAGAGCAAGGACGCCUGCCUGACCGCGCCUUCCAGCUCCCCGCACGCCAAGCAGAGCCAGCACUCCUCCCCGCAGCACCACAUCUCCGAGCCCUACCUGGCCCUGCACGAAGACUCCCACGCCUCGGACUGUGGCGAGGAGGAGACGCUGACCUUCGAGGCUGCUGUGGCCACGAGCCUGGGCCGCUCCAACACCAUCGGCUCCGCCCCGCCCCUGCGGCACAGCUGGCAGAUGCCCAACGGGCACUACCGGCGGCGGCGGCGCGGGGGGCCUGGGCCCGGCGUGAUGUGCGGAGCCGUCAGCGACCUGCUCAGUGACACGGAGGAAGACGACAGAUGCUAGAGGCUGCUGCCCCCUCCGAUGCAUGCUCUUCUCUCACACGGAGAAAACCAAGACUGAGUUGGGAAGCCAGUGCGGCCCGGGGGGGGGAGGAAGAGGGAGGAGAAAGAUGGAAGGACACCACGCAUUAUCGGAGAAGAAGACAAAAGGAAAAUCUGUCAAACCCACCAAAUGGCUUCAUUUCCCUUUGCAAGAUGGGCACUGCCAUAGUUCUGCCUCUUUGCUGGGGAAAGGAAAUGCAGGGGCACGGAGGGCUCUUCCCAUGGGAGAAGGGACAUGAGGAUGGCUUCACUUCCCCCUGCCCCUUCCCAGUUUUCUAAAAGCGGCGGAGGGAUCUAGGUGUCCUGGGUCUAUGCCCAUUGCCCUGAGAAGCCUGGAGGACGUGGUGGCUUAUCUCUGGGGAGUAGUGGGGAGUAGACGGCUCCCCUCCCUCACCGAUGCCUGCUCCUCGGCCAGCAGCAAGGGUAGAGGCAGGAAGAGAGGAAAAAGCUGAAGUGGAAGGGGUCAGGGUGCUGUGACAGCAGCAGCGAGGGCUGGUCUGCUUGAGAAAAGCCAUAGCCCAGCACCCUAUACUGUGGACGGAGAAAUGGAGAAUGGGCGAUGCUGGUGGGUUCAGACGUGCAGUUUUGAGACUUGUUGCACACACAGGAGGUGCUGUGAGCAUUGGUUAGGAGAGGCUCAGGAGGGCUCUCGGGCCACUGAGGUGCCCAAGGCUCUGGCAAGGGUGAUAUUAAAAAUUUUAACAACCCGUAUGGCAGGGCAGGUUGUGGCCAGAGGGCUGGAGCCACGCUUUAACUGAUUAGGUGCUGGCCAUGGGGGACUCCUGGGGGUGGGGGUAAGGUAGCAGGGAGCCCAUAAGGGACUCAAGACAGAGUCUAUUUGCCGGCCUGUCUAGCAGUAAUUCAAUAUAUGUACCAGUGUUAUGGCCAUCCCUGUGCAUUCCGGCUCAAUGUCAGCCCAGACUCUGGUUGGAGGCGGUGUGCCUCUCCACCAAGCAGCAGGCCAGUGCUGUGCCAAGCCCAGGGAGACAGCGAGAGGCCCACCCUUCCCUCCCACUCCCCUGAGAAGGCAGAACACACAUAUUCAAGAUGGGCCACACAUCACCCAAUAAGGACUUCUAUAAAGACAGGUAUGGCAGAUGGAUUGAUACGAGAGGCUUCAAUGAGACAAUCAGUCUCAGUUUACUGAGGACCUCCCAUGAGAAGGGACGCUGCAGCCUGGCAGCUUCUGCAGCUGGCUUGUAGUUGAGGGUCAGUUUGUCAGGUUGUCUCUAAGGUGAUCAGUAAAUAUACCUCUACUUAGACCUGGGCUUCUGGUUCCAGCAAAACAGACUGUGAUGGGGUCUCGUCACACAUGUGACAAGACAGGGGCCCCAGAGGCCCUGAACAUUUCCCUGGGGCAGGACUGGAGUUUACCCCUCUCCAGAGCAUGAGCUGGGUAGAAGACAGCCUCAGGCCAUUUAUGUCAUUCCCAACACCCAAAACUCAGAAACUCCAAAUUCCGUAGCUAAGCAAUGCCCCUUUUUAGAAUAUCCAUCCAUUUGGUUGAACAAAUUGCUGUCUUUGUCUGGGACAGUUCUGAGACAUGCACCGUCCCAUGAAAUCCCUCCCCAGUCCCCCAGCACCCUCACAGUUGGUGGAAGGAUCCCCCAGAUGGGUGCCAGCUAGGGACCUUCCCCCCCAGCCAGGAGCAGAUGGAGCCUCAUGGGAUCCCCUGGGGAGACUGAGCAGCCCUGAGCUGAGACCUCAGUGGCUAAGUACUCGUGCACCUCCUCUAGCUUGGACAGACCCACCUCUCGGGUAGGAGCAGUUCACAGUUAUUUUUCUUAGAAAGAGCCUCUUUUCUCCUUUUUUUUUUUUUUCUGUUGUUGCUAAAAUAGAAAUAAGGCAUAGUGACAUCAGCUCUGAACACCAAAUAUGACUUUGCAGCCACAGAAACAUUUGUCUUGGCCUCUCCUUGUUUUCUAGAUAUUGAUGGCACUUCAUGGCCCAUGGUCAGCCCCCAAACCAAGGUAGUCCCAGGACCAGAGGCCAGUGAGGCAGAGACCAAGUUCUCCCCCUCUCAGACCCUCUUCUCUUUUCAUUUUCCUCUCCCACUUAGCACGUGUUUGCUCAGGGGUAGCUGGGGCUGUGAAUGUGACUAUACAGCAUCCAGAUGCUAACAGGCAUGAUUGUUACAUAAGACUCUGACGCUGAAAGUUGUAUUGUUUUUAAGGUCUCUUCUGCGCAGUGUCAUUUCAUACCAAAGUGCUGCUAUGGGCUGCUCUGUGUGCACAAAAUUGCUUUCUUCCACCUCGGAAAUGCAGCUUUCCCAAGGGAAAAGCCUACAGCAGGACAACCAUUCUGAGCCAGCAAGUCUAUUGCAUGGUGUUUUGAGACAGAGAAUUGAAAUCAUACCUUAUGCCAUUUCAACAGUAGGAGAAAUUUAGGCUGGCAGAGCAAUUACCAGAAAUGGAAUUUGGCUGCAAAUGACAUCAUGAACACUAAAUUUAUUGUGCCAAGAAAUCUUCCUGGAUGCCUGAACUCCUUGAACUCUCUCUCUCUCUCUUUCUCUCUCUCUCUCUCUCUCUCUCUCUCUCUCUCUCUCUCUCUCUCUCUCUCUCUCUCACACACACACACACACACACGCAUGCACGCACACAUGGGCACAGAAGCAUUUAAAUCCUGAAUAAAGUGUUGAAAAGCAAUGCAGAUGUGGUCCCCUGGCAGACUGGCUGAUUUUUCUAGUACUGAAGAACUUAAUGGACUCAUUUCUUUUAUUCCUCUUCUCCUGAUCAAGGAGUCUGGUUUCUUUUCCCUUCACCUGCAGUUACCCUUUUAUUAAGACCAGAAAAUAAGAGAAUUCUCUGUUAGAUCACAGAAUCCAUUAUGACACUCUUCUUCGGUUCCCUUUGCUUCUGAAUAAAUGUGAGCUCCAGUGUUCCCUGAAGUAGUCAACCAGGACAAU